UCUAAAUUGCUUGCCGCCAUUUUAAUUCUGGAGCUGUGUUGAGUUUCGUUCAACGAACAUUAGAUAAUGGAUUUGUGAAAAAUUUUAAAUAAUUGUAAUGAACAUCUAACUACGUAGAAUCAUCUUUAUUUGCUCAUCGUUUGAGCCAAAUAAUCUGAGCUAAUGUUAAGCUUGGCAAUUGGUUGAUGCCUUUUGGCUCUUAUUUAAAAAAGUCCUGAAAUUUUAAUGAAAUGGCGACUUACAGAAGAAACAAGUCUGGAGGAAGCCAAAGUGAAGGUGCGAGUAAUUCUGCCUCUCCAGCAUCUUCAGUUGCUCUGUCUAACCCUAGCUCUGCACAAGGCAUCAAUAACAAUGCUCCGAAAUUUGGAACCUUGGUGCCUAAUAGAAUUUUUGUGGGUGGAAUUUCAUCAAGCACCACUGAAGCAGAGCUAUGCCAUCUGUUCUCAAAAUAUGGUAGUGUCAAAGCCACAAAAAUUAUAGCUGACAGAGCUGGUGUUUCAAAAGGAUAUGGUUUUGUCACAUUUGAUACUGAAGAAGAGGUUAAAAGUCUCAUCCAAGAUGCCCACAACAUUAUUUUGAAAGAGCGAAGGCUGAACAUUGCUCCAGCAAUUAAAAAACAGCCAUCCAGUCGACCAUUUGACACUUCUUCACCCCCACCAACUGCACCAAAUUUAUAUUUCCAUAAUGGUGUUCCGUACACGUUUCACAAUGGGAUGGCAUUCUUCACACCAACAGCUCACCAGCCAACUCUAGCACCAUUGCCUCCCUCUGCAGACCCAUCCAUGUAUCAGACUUAUGGGCCAGCACAGAACGCUGCUCCUGCGCCUUAUGGAACGCCGGUUCUAGUACCCGCUCCUCCUCCUAUGUACAUGCCUCAAAAUUACUCAUAUCAGCCUAUGCCGAUGACUAAUGGGGCUGCUCCUCAGUUCAUCUAUGCUGGCUCAGCAUCAUCAAAUAGUAGUUCCAGCUCUCCCAUGGCUGCCACUCCGGACACUCCCCACCCUCAUCUGCCCCCUCCCUUGCCUCCACCACAGUUCUAUGCCCACCAGUAUCCAACACAGGAAGCCUACUUCCAUCCUCCCGUCUACAUCAGUUACUACAACUCUGGUGAUUUUGAAGCGCAGGAACAACAAACCACUAAUGAUGAAUGCAGUUCUACUGUAUCAACACCACACUCUGACAUGAGUGAGAGAAGCAGUAACAGGUCACCAGCAAGUGUGUCAGUGCACUCCCAGUUUGUGAUGAUGAAAAGUAAAAUUGAGCUCUCUGGAGCUAGACCGCCAGUGGCAAGCAACAAAGGACAGACUGGUACCCCAGUACAGUCCAGUACUGACAGUCAAGUGCCGGUGGUAUCCUGGCAAAACUUGAAAAACCACGGUGAAGAGAGAGAACUAUACAUCAGAGACGGGCGUAGAGCAUUCCAUCCUAUGAUUCCCCCUCCACCCCCUCUACCACCACAAUCCAUGGUUUACCCACAAUCUCCAUUUCCUAACAGCUAUUCCACACCCAACAUGGUGUACCAACAACAACCCAAGCAGAGCCAGAUGGCUGACAACUCUCGGAGUCAAAGACCACAGAACUUUAGGGGUCGUGUGAGACCUAAUGUUUCAGCAAACAACAUGCCUUUCAUACCAAAGUUUCCAGCGAAUUUUAAUAAUAACAAUCCAUUAAUGAUGAAUAAGAAUUUUUAUGAUAAGAAACCAGGAGAUUACAGCAAUGGAAGACCACAGAGGUUUACGAACAACCGGGGCAGGGGUACCAACAGAGGUAAUCGUCAAGUAUCUCCCCCUCCUUCCACACCUAAACCUACCAAUUCCUAUGUAUCCUCUCCUUCCCCACAGAUGAUGCAGCAGACUCAGCACUAUGAGCGCCAGUACGCAGCUGUUGACCGCCCAGUCGUGGUCGCAAACACUACAACUGCUCCUCGUUGGUCCUCCAACCCACCAAUUAAUUGCCACCAAAUCAAACGUUUGGUCUGCAACAAAAGACAAAAUGGAUCUGCUCCUAAUACAGGGGUGUGUGGAAACGGAGGCGGCGUUCGUUUGACAAAGAAAUCUCAAGGAACAACUGAUGUGGAAAACGAUUUGGGAGGUGGUGGGGAUGCUCAGCCCCUGCUACAGCUGAACCUGACUCCCCCUUCUAGCCCCUCUACUACUGGAAACAACCCAGAAGUCACAUCUAAGAUGCAGUCUCUGUCACUUGGAAACAGUAGUUAAGAAGACGCAAAGAAUCGAGAAUGGUGCCUUUUUAAAUACACCUGUGUGACAGACAAUAUUACAUUAGCAGCUUCUCUUUGAUUCUUAACCAGUUGUGUUCAGCCAGGUGUACAUGUAAUAUUUAGAAUUGUUUGCGUCAUCCACCUGGCACAAGUGUUGUAUAUAUGUUUUGUUUGCAAAUAGUUAUUACUUAAAUGCUGCUGUACUAUUCCUCUAGAGGCCAAUGGAAGCGAUUCUAGUGACAAAGUUAUUUAGUUGUGGCUUUGUUAAGUGUUUUUCAAACUGUAUAUACAACUAGAAAUUAGACUUUUACCCGGUACGGACUAAUAAAAAUGUAGUGUGAAAGUGAAACAUGUAAAAUACAAGUCUGAUUCUGGUUAUAGAUUUAGUAGAAAACAGCAGUGUUUAAGUUUGUUUUUCUUGUUUAGUUUAAACACCUGAAGGUGUAUUGUUAAUGUUACAUUGUUUGUUUUGUUGAUACUUAAUUUAUUGUUAUAAAAAGCACUUGUUAAAAAAACACAGUUAUAUGUGUGCUAAAAUGUCUAGUCUUUCGUUAAAGAGAAAAAGUAUAUUACGUCUAAAUUUAAAGUGUAUCUCGUAUUCAGUACAUAGUGUUAAACAGAUAAGGAGUACUGAGAAUGGCCUGUGUGUCAAAUGUGGUGGCUUGUGAUGUAAAGGCCUAAAGUUGUUUAAGUGCGUUAGUAGUGCUUCUAUACAGAAAAGACUUGCUCAACGAUUGUUACAACAUGUUGUUAAUGAUGCCUUUACUCAAAAGCGGAAGAUACACAGUAGUGAAGAUCUACUGUACAUCACAUAGUCUCAGUAACAUUAUGUAAGGAGCAUAGUGUUAGAUUAUCAAGUGUAAAAGACAUUGAUAUUGUGCUUUAUCCUACCUGCAACUAUUUAUUUGUCAUGUUCCUCUUGCAUGGUAUUUACUUUUGUACACCUGACCUUUUAAUUUUGUGUAGUGUACCUCCAUAUUUAUUUAUGUAAAAUAGAAGAUUGAAUGUCACUUAGCAUGUCCACAAUAUUAUUUACCUUUCUAUACAAAGCUCAAGAUACUACCCCCUAACAAAUCCAUGACACUAGCUAACACACUUGUAAACAACUUGCACUUUUCAAUUCAAGUUUUUAUAAUUAUUUAACAAGAGAAAAAUUUGCAUUUUCAAAGUACUAAGUUUUAAAUUGAACUAAUAUCAGAAUUUAAUUAUCUUUGCUGUCACUGCUGCAUGUUUUGAUUUAUACUGUAUUAAUUUAUAAUUCAGUUUUCAUACAAACUGUAAAUUAUUGUGUAUGCAAGUCUUUGUUAUAAAAUAAAAUAAUUUUAUACCAUGUUGUGUUAUGAGUUUUUAAAUAAUAUCAAUUUUAAAAUUACACAACAGGUAAACAUGCUGUAAAACAUUUUUUCCAUUGACCAAUGCAAUACAAUGUUUUGUGAAAGUAUUAAAAUUCGUUCUGUACAAUGUUUACAAAUUAUAGAAUGUUUCGCAAAAUAUAUUUUUCUCUUUUUAUAAUUAAUGUUUAAUAAAUUUGCCUGAAGUAAAUGCAUUAUAUAGUUCAGUUUUCAAUAAAGAGUAAAUAACUAAUCUUUUUGGGAUUUGAAUAAAUUUCAAUUUAUUACCCGUUAACUUUAUAACUUUAAUAAUAUGUACAAAGAACUAGUCAGAUAUGCUUUUAUUCCGGUGUGGGAGUGUUUUUGUUUGAUCUGCACUGUAAAACAAAUUGAUUGGUGUUAAUUAUAGACUUUUUUAUCAUGCUACAAAAUUAAUCACUUUAAUAUACUAUUAAAUUUUGGAACUUUUAUAAAUUUUUAACACAAUCAAAUGAAACACAUUUCUAUGUUAUAUUGUUGCAGUUGCGGUUGAUUAGAAAAGUAUUUUACAAAAUUGUUGGGUAUACAUAAAAAAACCCCACUUUUGUCUUCAGUUUGUGACCUUGACAACUGAAAGUAAAAUUUUAUAUCAGACGUACUUUAAACUUUAGAGUUGUACAUUGUAACUCAACUGUUAAAUGUUGAAUUGAAAUUUAAAUUAAGUUUAACCCUCUGAUUGUUUAUUAGACAUAAAAAUACAUAGUACAAAGAAAGUAUGGGUUAAUGUACAUAAUUUUCUUUAAAACAUCCAUACAGUUUUAGUAUGAUUUAAAAAAAUUAAUAACAAUUUAGUUUAAUUUAUUUACUAGGCAUAAUAUGAAAAACUGCUAAAUGUUCCAUUUCACUUACCUUUUGCAAAGUCACAUAUUUUAGAAAAAUUAAUUAAUAGCCACUUUUUCACAACAUAUUUUAUCCAUUUCAGAGCAAUGUCUACUGUAUGAAAGAAGUUAUAUAUGUAUAUACUGCUGUUCGAACAGUUCUAUGUUGUUUCUGCAACUGUUAUUCAUUAUAACUUUGGUGGCUGAAUGAAGAGACAAAUACACAGUUUCUACCAGUACUGAGUAUAAUGCAAUCAGUGAAAUAUAAACAAGCUAGAGCUAGCUGUUAAUGUCAAAUUGCAGAUGUGUUGACAAUAAAUCUUUUUACUUAGCAUAAUUGCUACAGACGCAACGCAAUGUCAAUGAACCACUGGAGGGUUAAGCACUUUUAUUCCCAUAGCAAUUCAUAUUCCAGAUGAAACAGUCACACUAACAGUAAUUGACCCCACCACCAUCUUCUUCAGUCUCCUCCUGCUAACAGUUAUUUGACCACUGUACUUUCUGCCUCAGCAUCAGCCAUACAGCUGUUUGGGUCUCAAGUAGCUUUAUUCCUUUACACUUUCCAAAUUUUAUCUCAGUCCAGCACAUCUCUGAUGUGCUGCUACAUCGCUAUUUCAGUACAGUUUUUUAUUUCUCUUCUGUAAGUAGUUACAAAAAAUGUAUUAAAUAUUUACCACCCUUAUUUUUAAUGUGUCAUGUUAAUUAUAACUGGGUAACCACUGAGUAAGGAAGUGCAGUCACUGAACUGUGGUAAAUUGACAGAGUAAUAUUGCACAUUCCUCUGAUGCACACUUGGUGUUAUACGAUUGUGGAAUCACCCUUAAACUUCUAGUCUAAGAGCCCAGAGCCAAUUUGCAUUGUAUAAGCACAAAACAUUGUUUUUCUUGAAAUUGAUAACAUGAUUUUUUUAUAUAAAAAGUUUAGUCUUUACCCACAACAAUGUUGAUGGAGGUCGAAAUGGAAGUAAAAAAGUUUAAAAUUAUUAAAUGAGCAAUUUUUAGAUCAUAUUUUUUUAAAGCAACAGCAAGAUAUUUAGAGAAAUGUCUGCAAAUUGAUUGGCUGAAAGAGGUGACUUUCUAGUUGUCUAAUCUUGGUAAACUGUUAAUAAAGUGUCUUAAUGGUGAGUUUUUACUGUUUCAGGGUAAGAAAAUUAUUGUUGUUUUAUUCUUUACCAUUUUGGGGCACUCUGCCACAAACAGCACAGCUGAUGAAUGAUUCCUUUCUUAGGGGAAUUCCUUUAUCGGUUUCAAUAUAAACUACAUACAGUAUAAUCCAAAUUGGUUCUCGGCUCCUAGACUGUUCAGAAUGGCACAAACAAAUCUGUUUUAGUUAAUCUGUUGGUCAUGUUACAUAUAUGCCUAAACAGACCAGGCCUAAAAUGUUGUGUUUUUAAGAAUGUUAAAAGUUUGUAAAGAAUUUUAAGUUACGUUGAAUUCAUAAUAACAUUGUAUUAAUAUAUAUUGAAUUGUUAGUUAAAAGUUAGUCUGUAGACCUUUCAUUAUUAAAAAAAUUUAAUUUUAAAAGUGCAAAAUAUUUAAUUUGAAAAAGAUUUUAAAAAUCAGGUUUGAAACUGUUUUCUAUUUCAAAGCAGAAGAAUCAAUUUAAUCAUCAGUUUUCUCUGAGUAGUUUUCUUUAAAUAUAAAAAGAAAUUAUACACAUGUAGUAAAGUUUGAAGUUUCUGGAUUAGGACAAGUUUUGGUAUUAUGUAGCUGCCUGAACAGCAUUAAUGUUUCAGAGUCCAGAUCAUUCUGAGCAAUGGUCAGUUCCAUCUAAAGUUAAUUUACAUCUGAGAUCAAAGGAUUGGCUCUGACUAAUUUCUGUUAUCUCAAAAGUUGAGGUAUCAUUAAUAACAAGAUAAUUGAAUUUAUUUUAUACAUAGCACAUCCUGUAAAUUAAUUUCUUAAAAUAAUAUUGUAUAUAUUUUAAGUGAUGAAAAUAAAAAAACAAAUUGUGGACAAAGUAAUAUUUACCAACAAAAGAUAAUAAUGUACUAGAUGGGAUUGACACACAUCUGGCGGUACUACCAUGUUCACUGUAGUCUGUGUUUUGUUGAUAAAAUGUAUUUUUCAAUAGAUCACUCAAUGUUAAAAAGUGAUAAAAGUAUUUGGCAUUUAAGUCGUAGUUCAGAACAUACGACUCGUAAGAUAAUACGAUGUGGUAACGGUGCAUUUUCACUAUGGCUCUCAGAAGUUAAAUAAUACUGCUCUUGACUCAGUGAUGCUAUGCAAAUUGAUGUUUUUGAGUUUACCGGGGAGUGUUUACCAAUGUAAUGCAGGCAGUUGUAUUUUAGUUUAAGUUAAAUUUUUAGUUGGAAGUAUUGUAAAUUCAAAGGUGCUUUUGAAUUUUCAGAUCACAUUGGUUUUAUUAAAUAAAAUACCUCUCACUCACUGAGAGCUACAAACUAAUUAAGGUUUACGAAAAUGUUAUUUUAUGUAGAAAUCCACAUCAAACUACUAUUAUUUCAAAACACAUUUAAGGCACAUUUUUUCUGAUAAUUAGGCUUAUUAGCAUUAAGAGAUUAUGUAAUAAUUUUGUCAUCAAAAGAGACUGCAAGUUCAAAAUAUGGCCCAUCUAAAAGAUUUUGAUCAACUAUAAUCACAUUAGAUUAAAAGAUGUUGAUUUUAGUCAUAAAACAUAUAGCUUAUGCCAAAUAAUUGAGUUAUAGCUCUCAAGUAACCUUAACAAAUAAAGUUGACUUGUACAGAUUAUUUAUGCUUCAGUAACAAGAUUUGGGAAGGUGAGGAGGCAUUUUCAAAAAUUUGACUCCCAUCAUGCUGGUAUUUUUUUCUGUAUUGCAUGUGGUGACAAUAAUUGCAUCCUGCAUCAUCCUCUCUACAAUUUACAUGACUGUAGGUUGAGGAUUGCCACAAUACCAUCAGUGUGUUUUGUACUUGCUGCCAUAGUUUUGCAAAUGAAAAAUAAAAGCAUUCAUCCUAUUUUAGAAAUGUUUCAGAAUCACAAUAUUAUUAGUUAUUUGAAUAAAUUUGUUAUGGAAGUUUGUGAACUUGGUUGAGGUAGACAGGUUUAAAUGCCACAUAGCUUUCAACCAAUAAUUUGUACAGUGAUUGUAGUCAUUAUUUUAAGGAAAGGUGCUAUAUUUAAAAAGCAAUACCUGAAGUAAGAAAUAUCAGUACUUUAUACUAUCAGAAUAAAACUCAAUGACAAGAGCUUGUUUAGAAAUUGGUUAGAAUAGUUUUCAGAAUUCCAAUGAAUAUUUAUUUAAAAACUUCUGACAGCACUCUUAACAUAUGAGGGUGUGGCACAUGCUCCCUACAACUCCAGCACUUGACAUCAUUGUGUGUACCUAUGCAACUAAGUUUUGAGCAUGCAGUGUUGCAUGCUGCAAUUUUGCAAGUUGCAUAAAAUGACAUACAUCACUUAAAGCCCACACACUCAUUUAUUCACUCAUCUCAAUGCAAUGUAGGAGGGAAUCUACAGUCAUGGAUUUGAGAGCUGAUUUAGAACGAGGUCUUGAAACAGGAAAAAUAAAUAAAUUGUGUACAAAGAAAUUGUUUUAAAUUUUUCUAUUAAAAUAGUCAAUAAAUGUUAUAUAAAUGUGAUACACCACAAACUUUAUUAUUUAUAAAUUUAUUCUAUUUGAUUUGGCAUUUUCAGUUGCUUAAGCACUUUAAUUAAUUCAAAAUUUAAUACAAUUGAGACUUAAUAUAACAAAUCUUAAGGGCCAAAGAAAAAAUUGCGAUGUCUCAAUAGAAGUUAGGUUUCUUUACACUCUCUCCAAUGUGACUACCAUUAAGUACAAGGGGUUUUUAAAACAGAAUGAGAACUAUGUAACUCAUAUCUCUGAGCCUAAUUCCCAUUUCAUGAUUGAUAAAGGGUAGGCCUUACAUCUAUAUACACAAACUGUGCUUGAAAGAGUUUAAAAAAAUUAUAUAAUAUUUUUCUUUUUACAAAGUUAAGAUAGCCCACCCUCAACCAUGCUUCUCUUUAUUCUUAAUGAUUCUAAGAUGAAGGAAGUGUUGUCAGAUUUCUUAGCAAUGUAUAAUUUAUCCUUUAGGCUGUAAGAAAUAACUUGUAAAACCUUACAUGUAGAUUAUACUGCAAGAGAUUUCUUCAAGAAUUUGACUGAUAGCACACUCGAACGGUCAAUAAAGACACUCAAAUUGUUAAUUGGAAAGGCCACAGACAGAUGGUUAGAGAAGGGCACGGCAGUAGAAAGCAGGUCUAAAAUGGUUUUAAUGUCAAGGCAUGAUCAGAACAGUUAUAUUGCGACAUGGUUUGGAAGCUUGGCAAAUGUGAUACUUAUAGAUUAUGUUUGUUAUGCAGGGAUAUUGAACAUUGAGUAUUUGUUAUAAAUUGAGUAUUUGUUUUUUCUCUCCUCAAAUCAUAAAACAUUGUUUACUUAAAACAAAUAACAAUAAUUGGUAAUACAGGGAUAUUGUUUACAUUGAGUGUUACUGAUGUUUUAAAUGAAUUAAAAAAUUGUUAUAUCAGAAAAUUUGUUUAUUGGUUUGCUCUUAUUUAGAGACUCCACCGUAAUCUCUAAACAGUUAAAUAAUUGUACGUAUUAUAAAAUUCCUUUUGACUAAAACUUUCUGAAUUAAAAAUACGUUUUAUUAAUUUUAUACAAUGUGUUAAUAUAAAUGAUGGAAUGUAAUUUAACUCCAUCCUAAUAAGUUUUUAAAGAUUUAGACUUUGUAAUAUUAGUACUUUUUGUAAUAAGUCAUUAUAUGACUAAUAUAUUUGUGUCAGAACUUAUAAACCUCAAAGUAAAUUUUAUUUGAAAGAAAACUAUGCCUGUAAGAGAGAACGGUCAGGGUCAUGAAAUAUACAAAAAUGUAUUUAAUAUUAUACUAAAUUAUUAUUUAUCCUUUAAAAUAUAUUCAACCAUGUUUUUAACAGUUAUUUACAAUAAGUUAAUCUAAUAUUAGUUCUUUUAUGUGACUGUUUAUAAAAAGCCUAUUUAACAUUUUUUAUGAAUAAUUUUUUUAUUCAAGCCAAUUUUAAAAGUGCUAUUACACUCGCACACAUCUGUAACAUAUUUUGCUUUUCUUAUUCAUAUUGAAUAUUAAUUACUUUAUUCUUUCCUGGGAAAAGGGACAUUUUCCUUAAAUAACAAGUAUUUAACAGUAUUGCUAUAUUGUACUUAAGAUUCACCCUUUUUAAUUUAAGACGUGUAGAUAGUGUACUGCAUAUUAAUUUAUUUAUUGUUAAACGAAAUGAUAUACUAGUGGUGUAGGCCUAUUGUUCUUGAAGAGGCUGUGAACUGAAAGUUGUGUUAGCUAGAGCAGAGUAACAUCUGUAUUAUUUUUGAAAUGUCAUUGUAUAGUAACUAAUUGUCUAUCAUGCAGUGUGUAUUCAUGUAACUAUUGUCUUUAAUAUUUUAUUGUCAAUCCAUCCGAUGGCCCUGUCUUUGUAUACGUGUUAUAUUUACUUCCUAAAUUUAUUUUAAUUUUGAUCUCCUAUUGUAGAAAAUAUUUCAUUUUGUAUCCUCUUCCCUAGAGAAACUGUCUCAGUUUUUCUUAAAUAACAUUAGCUGAUAAUAAAAACAUGGCAAGGAGCA